GCUGGCUAAACAUCAGUGAAAAAAUUUUGCCCGCACUCGGUGCAGGUUGCACCACAUGUAAUGAUUGCAUCAGAAAUAAGAUUCAUAAACUAAAGGCAUUUUUAAAAGUCUGUACUAGGAAGUCGAACUGGAGUGAUAUGAAGCAACAUGGAGAAUAGGAAGUCAUCUAAGAAGUACAACAAACUGUGCGGCAUCGUGGUGGGAUUGUGUGCAGCAACUAUAAUUUUAUUGAUCGGAUACCUGGUUACUAAUUUUCAAACAAAAAGAAAAGAAGGACCAAUACUAAAAGUAAACUGGGGCAUAUGGAAAACCGAAUCGAUAGGAAACUCUGAGUCAAUAGGAAAAUCCGAAUCCUCACCAGAUAUAUUUAAACAAAGUACAGUUCAACGGCAACUCGUGCUGUUUUUUGUUUUGGUGCUUUGUGAUUGGCUUGGAGAGUGCACACAUUCCAAGAAUCAAGAUGAACCCGAAACAAAACCUGCAACAAUUAACCAAACGUCGGACUUGGACAAAGUCAUAUAGUAUUACGAGAUAUCUUAUGAAAGCUAUGAGGAAAAUGUUAUCGGAAAUAAAGUGGCUGUACACAGAAACUCGUCAGAUGGGAAUCGACAACAUAGAGCUAACGGUCACUGAUAAUGUUUUCACAAAUAGCAUUCGUUUGAAGCAAAAACGUUUAGAACUACAGACUUUAGUCGCGAUGUUCAACUGAAAAUCCUGAAGAAAAAGAAUAUUACUUACUUCAUGCUGUACACACUCCGAUGGAAGCAAGGGUUCAAAUUCCUCUGCAGAAUUCGAAAGAUUUUUCCGAAGCAUUCGGUUGUCAGAAAGAUUCUAAAAUGAAUCAACGACGUAAAAGCAAUCUGUGGGAUAACUAAUAAAAAUAUUGAAUAAGAGAAGCCUGUAGGUUGUUGAAAACCAUUGUACAUCUGUUAUAGGCUUGCGUGAAUAUGGUUGUGUGUAUAUAUAAGCAGAGGUUUUGCACUCUUAUACGUAUAUAUACCCUUCGAAAUGUUCAGAAGAUUAUGAAAUAUAGGGAGAAUGACAUUAUACUCAUAUAAGGAUGUACAUAUUAAGUGUACAUGCUUCGCAAAUCAAUGCUCGCUACAUGUGUUUAGAAGUUUCUAUUUGUUAUUCUUUUAUAUUUUCCUACUUUAAGUUAUUUGAUUGAAUAAUCUAUUCGCGAAAGGCCAUUUAAAUAUUCAUAUACACAUUUUUAUGACCUUUUCUUAUAAGUUCCGAACUCCAUAAUAACCUUUGUAUUUGUAACUUUUCCCAUCGAUCCCUCUCUCAAAACGGUACAGAACCCGACACCAACAUUUACCACACUAAAAUAAAGCUAAAAUAAAAAGAAGCACAGCCGUGCAGAUAUGUAGGCAUACAUACUAACAGACACAUACAAAAAGUACACAUGAUAUGUGUGAGUCUCUACGUGUGCGUAUAAGAUGGGUUUCUCACAAAUUCGAUUAAAUUUGUUUCCAGUUUAUUUUCGGACUUAGGGUUACAUCUUUAUGAAUUAUUCUUUGUAACUUACGAUUUCAUGAAUUAGUCUUCCUUUGUCUUUCAUAUUUAGUCAUAAAUUUUCUGUUACCAUUGUUAUUAUAUGGAGUGUUGGCUAUUUUCGGUUUAAUUUGGGAUCUAGAAUUCUUAUAAAUAUUCUUCGUUUGCCUUUCUUAGUCGAACAUUUUCAUCGUUUAUUUUGUAAAAUGGGAAUAUUUCAAAUCUUCCAUUUGUGUAGAUAUCUAAAUGUUCCCUGCAGCGGACACUACUGAGAGAUGAAUCCUUAAUAUGUUUUUUAUGCACAUUUACAUAACUGCUCAGUUUCCCUCCUGUCUCCUCAAUGUAGUUUUCAUUGCAUUGUGAGCUUUUGCAAUUCAUGUUUGCAUCCACUUUUAAUUCCUUCCCAUUCUUGAAUCUUUUGUUUGUCCUUUAAUCUCUCUUUACUCUUUUACUUGUUUCAGUCUUUUGACUGCGGCCAUGCUGGAGCACCGCCUUUAAUCGAGCAACUCGACCCCGGGACUUAUUCUUUUGUAAGCCCAGUACUUAUUCU